AUGGAGUGGAGAUCUCAGACCAUAUACGGAGCCCUCAUCCUUCAGUCUCUUAUUGCUAUCGUCAUCGAGAUGCCGUCCGCCAAACCCUUCUCUGCCGCCGCAGGCAUGCUCCGAUCACGGCUUACCUCAACCCUCCGCCAGCGGGGCGGUGACGGUCCUAGCCGGUGGACCACCCCCGGACACCAGGAGCGCCCUAACGGAUACUUUCUGAAUCGGACUCCUCUCCCACCGGGCCAGUCGAGGAAGUGGGAAGACUGGGAGCUACCUUGUUACGUCACUAGCUUCCUAACAAUCGUCAUCCUCGGUGUCGGACUCAACGCCAAGCCCGAUCUAACCCUAGAGACGUGGGCUCACCAGAAAGCCGUCGAACGCCUCGAAGCUCAGCGGAUCCUCGCGGCGUCGGAUGAUUCCGAUUGA